AUGUCGUCCACCAGCAACGCCUCCAUUGACAAGUUCAACGGAGACAAUUACGCAACGUGGAGCCGGUACAUGCGCGGUGUGUUUUUGACGAAGUCCGUCUGGCACGUCGUCAACCGUGAAGUGACUCCGACUUUCACCGACCCGCGAGCGUCCGAUGACUACGUCAAGGCAAGCAACGUCGCGUUUGGUAUGAUGCUGCUGCACAUGAACGCGGACUACCAUCAUGUGCUGGACAACUGCGAGGAAGCCUGGGUUGCGUGGACCAGUCUGAAGACGCUGUACGGUGGGUCGCAGAAGGCAGGACGCAUCUACCUCAAGCGACAACUUUUCAGCAUCAAGAUGGCUGAAGGCGCGAACGUCAUGCAUCACUGCAACGAGGUCCUCAACAUCUCCGCCAAGCUUAGCGGCAUCGGUGCGAAGAUGGAAGACGAAGACGUUGCAAUUUGUCUGCUACUCAGUCUUCCGAAGAGCUACGAAAAUGUGGUACUCAACAUGGAAAUGAGCAGCACCGAGCUUCGCACUCAAGAUGUGGUGAGAGUCCUGACGAAUGAGCAUGCCAAGCGUCAAGGAGAAAAAGGGACAACGACAGCGACUACGGUGAAGGCUGAAGAUGCAAGCAAGGCAUUCAGCGCCGAGCGUGAGCCCUACCAAUGCACGUAUUGUGGCAAGGUGGGAUACACGGUGGAUCGUUGCUGGACAAAGCAGAAGAACGAAGGCAAUGGCUACGAUCGAGUGGCGUUUGCAGUCUCGUUCGAAUGUGGAGUUUCGACGAGCAAGGACGUGUCUGGAAUGUGGGCCGUCGACAGUGGUGCAACGCACCACAUUUGCCACGACAAGACCAAGUUCGCAAGUUUGGCAGAGCGCAAUGAGGGCGAACUCUUGGUGGAUGAUGGCAACAAGGUGGCCAUCAAGGGUGUGGGAACCAUAAUGGAAAAGGUGGUUCUGCCCAACGGUGAAGAGCGUGAGAUCGAAAUCAAGAACGCGCUAUAUGUUCCAAGUAUGAGCAAGAACCUGCUCUCGGUGCCACAGAUUAACAGCCAUGGCAAGUUUCAAGUCGUGUUUGACGGGUCCAAGAUGUAUGUGACUCUCAAGAACUCACAGCAAGUGGUGGCGACAGCGGAUCUCGUGGAUGGACUCUACUGGCUUCGGACGACUCAACGAUCAGCGAAUGUGACAACAAGUGGAACCAGUUGUGCCGAUCUACAUGCGAGAAUGGGUCAUGCUCCAGUCGAUGUACUUCUCAAGAUGAUCGCGACCAACAUGAUCAAGGAUGUGCGAGUCCCUCUCAAGUCGGGUGGAGCAACUACAUGUCGAGGAUGUCAACAAGGGAAAAUGGUCCAAAAACCAUUUCCAAGCAACCGAGACAAGCGCAGCUACGAUACGUUUGAGCUGCUUCAUCUGGACAUCUGCGGGCCCAUGGAAAAGGAUUCGCUCGGUGGCAGCAAAUAUUUGCUGCUGAUCAUCGACGAAGCCAGUGGAUGCAUGAAGGGCUUUUGUCUACGAGUGAAGUCCGAGAGUGAAGACUACAUCCGGAAAUAUAUCACCAUGGUACAGACGCAAUUCUGUAAGAAGGUCAAGUUCGUGCGACACGACGGAGCUCGCGAGUUUGCAACCAACUCGCUUCAACUGUUCUACGAAGACGAAGGCAUUGAACAGCAGACAACGGUGCCGUAUGCACAUCAAACAAACGGAACAGCAGAGCGUGCCAUUAGGACUAUUGUCACGAUCGGCCGCAGCAUGCUUCAUCAUGCCAAACUGGACAAGUGUUUCUGGGCCGAAGCAGCGAUGACGGCCAUCUACGUCAAGAAUCGACUGCCGUCACCUAAAGUCGUGCACAAGACCCCGUUUGAGAUCGUCUACAACUUGAAACCAAGCGUCAAGCACAUGCGAACAUUCGGGUGUCAGACAUACAUACUGACGCCUAAAGAGAAUCGACUCAAGUGGGAUCCAAAGGCUCGCGCUGGCAUAUUCGUGGGCUACGAAGAAGUUUCGAAGGCAUAUCGUGUUUAUGACAUCGAGGCGGGGCAGGUGGUUAUCAGCCGCGAUGUCAACUUCGACGAGUCCACCUUUGGACUUCAACUGCCGAUCACUGAUGAAGAUGUCGAUGACCUGGACUUCGAAUUGCUGGAUCUUGAUGACGAAGAGCUGCGUCAAAUGGAGUACAAGCAAACAGGCAAGCGCAAGAACCGACUCAAUGAUGAAGAUACAGCAGCUCCACGACCGCGUGCAGUGCGUCAACGACCAGGACUAGAAGAGUCAAGCGCGCCGGAAAACAACUCGUCACGCCAAGAAGAAGACGAAGAAACGAAGGAUUCUGGUGAUUCAACACCGCCUGUGUUUUGGCGUGCGAGUGCAAAUGCCGUUGAAGCAGCAGUGGACUUAUCAGAGCCCUCAACAUUUGAAGCAGCAGUAAGCGGCCCUGACCAAGUGCACUGGAGAAAAGCAAUUCAUGCAGAGCUCGAGUCAAUGCGACUUCGCGGUGUGUUUCGUGCAGCCAAGCUGCCCAACGGACAACGCGCCAUUGGCACAAAAUGGGUGUUCAAGAUCAAGCGUAAAGCGGAUGGAUCCAUCGAGAAGUACAAGGCACGUCUCGUGGCAAAGGGUUUUCGCCAGAAGUAUGGAAUCGACUACACGGAGACGUUUUCGCCCGUGGUCAAGUAUGUGACGCUGAGAAUGGUGAUCGCAAUUUCCAAGCAUUUUGGAUGGCCCAUCGACCAGCUUGAUGUGGUGACAGCUUUCCUGUAUGGCGUCAUGAAGGAACAAGUAUUCUGCGUGAUUCCUGAAGGCGUCGAACUUGACAUGUCAGGCUUCGACCCAUGUCUCUACAUCAAGACAUCGGACGGCCAUUGCGUGUUUAUACUGGUCUAUGUGGAUGACGUGUUGGUGACAGGAAGCUCACCCAAGUUGAUUGCACACACCAAGGAAGACCUGAAGACACGCUUCGAGAUGACUGAUAGCGGCAAGUGUGCGUUUGUUCUUGGGAUCGAGCUUUUGGACGGUGAAGAUGGCAGUGUGACACUAUGUCAGCGUCGGUAUGUCGAUGAUAUCCUCAAGCGCUUUGGCAUGGAUGAUUGCAAGGCAGUCGCAAGUCCAGUCGACAUGAGCUCUCGACUUGUUUCAAGUGAUGCAACUACCAAGGUCGAUGCUCCUUUUCGCGAAGCUGUUGGUGCGUUGAUGCACCUGACCACUGCAACGCGUCCGGACAUUGCGUUUGCUGUGGGCUAUGUGUCGCGGUUCAUGGAAAAUCCCCAAGAAGAACACUGGGUUGCAGUUAAGCGUAUCUUUCGCUACCUACAAGGCACCAAGACGCAUGGAAUUUGCUACAAGCCAAGUGCAAGGAUCGACUUCCGUGGAUAUUCGGAUGCGGAUUGGGCUGGUGAUCUUACCGACCGCAAGUCAACAUCGGGGUACACGUUCAUGCUACUCGGUGCGCCAGUGAGUUGGGGCAGCAAGAAGCAGCCAAGUGUUUCGUUGUCCACGACUGAAGCUGAAUACAUCGCACUCAGCUUGGCGAUUCAAGAGGGCAAGUGGAUUCAUCGUCUGCUUUGUGAGAUCGUGAUGGCUGCCAAUGAAGAAGGACCGGAACUCAUGAUUCAUGAAGACAAUCAGUCAUGUAUCAAGAUGACGAAGAACCCGGUCAACCACGGCCGUGCCAAGCACAUUGAUAUCAAGUACCAUCACAUCCGUGAUGAGGUCAAGCGCGGUGAAGUGAAGCUCAAGUAUUGUGAAACUGCGGUGAUGUUAGCGGACAUCAUGACGAAGGGACUUCAUGGACCACGCCACAAGGAGAUGACGACGGCUCUCGGGAUUCGUGAGCAUUCGGAUUGA